AACCUGAGCAGACUCUCUCGUCUUGGCCUUCCUUGCAGUCCCUCGUAUUCUGGUCAGAUCGUCCGACUCGAUGCGAAAAUGUCCGGAGACCGCAAAGCACAUGAUCACACGUUGGCAACGGACAAUGCCUCGGGGUCAGGUUCGAUGACUCCGAGAGGAAACACGAAACCCGCACCGCUGAACCUAGGUUCGCCCUCUCGUCCAUCAACGCCCGUUCGCGGUCGACGCUACCCCACGGAUCUCGCACGCGAUUCCUCGCGCGUGCCUUUGCAUCGCAGGGGAACAUCCAAGACGUAUGAGCGCCUAGAAGACCUUCUCCGAGAGGCGGGCUACAAAGAAACCCGAGUUGUGACGCCCCACGCGGAGCGCAUGGCCGCACAGAGGUCUGAAUCUCAGACCGGAGAGGCAUCGAGGAAUGCGGUGCAGAGCGGAGUGGGCGCCGUGGUAGGCUUUCUGGCGGGUUUUAUUCCCGGAGCCGCGGCCACAACGGACGACUCGAAGGCAGAGCAUGACCACAAACCGUCUCCUCUUGCGGACUCGCCUACGACCAGUCCAUCGAUCCGCAAACAAUCCCUUCCGGAUUCGGGCGUUUUUGGAUCCGCCAAGCCUCGCGUUUCGCCAACUCAAGAGUUAGCUGGUCACAAAUCGGAAGCAAACACCUCAUCAUUCAAGGGAUCGCCUCGCGACGCUGCCUGGCCUGAACCGGAGAGCCUAGCGAGCUCCUCUCAAUCCGUCCGGCCCCGCCCAGCACAUCCCAACGCGCGCACAUACGCUGAUGCCUCUCAAGCUCAUGUGUAUCUCCGUCAUAUCGCAUCGGCCCCGAAUAUCCGUAGACGUCGCUCGAAUCUGGCGCAAAGAGACCAUGGAGGAGACGAGCAACCGCCACUGCCGCGGGGCUGGCUCGAGACCGUCGCGCGUGCGGUGCUCGGCGCUCCCGAACAAGGUCACAUCGGCGGUCCGGUUCGCUCGAAAACACCGGUACCUCAUCGCGUCGCCGCCCUCUCGGAUGGCACGAACCGACGACCCUUCGCGCCGCCGCAGACGUUGCUCAUGCAGCGUGUCCACAACUCGCCCGGGAAGGUCACGGCCGCGGUAGUGGUGUGUCGGAGUGCUCCAGGAUCCAGGUCGGCGUCACGAGCGAGGCCCAAAACGGGACUUUCCCGUGCGAUCGGUGGAGGGAGCCUCAGAGGGAGACGAGGUAGCUCCGGGAAACGCAAGAUCGAUCACGGGCACGAUCUACCCGUCCUUGCGGACACGCAUACCGAAGGCGACAUCUGGACGAAGCAUGGUGGUAGGCCGUCGGUGGACGCCUCGAAUGAUCUGGAGGAUGAUGACGACGAUGACGAGGGAGAGCUUGACCUCGCGCGAAUUCUUGUGCCUCCCAAGAGACAACAGUCAAUUCGCAGCUUGCGCCGACACCUGCAGUUCGAACGGAGUCAAAGCUUGCGCCUUCCCGGCCCGCGAAAGGUGUCCGUGUACGAUACCGCAACCAGGCGGGACCAACCGGACGCAGACGUGGAUGAAGACGGUAUUUGGACGGGUAGAGGGCUGCGGAGGACACCGGGCGGCGAAGACGACGAAGAAGAAGAACGAUACCUGUUCGCGAACAAUGCUUCCAGGUCCGGAAGAGAUAAACGACGGCAAGGCAUCCCGACUACCUGGGGUCGGGGGCGGUAGCCUCCACUCUCCGGAAAGACUCACUACUUAAUGACAUCCCCUCUUUUUUUCUUUUAAUUCGUAACGACCCUCCAUGCAUUUUCGUUCAUUCAUCAUCGUAUUUUAUGC